AUGGUUACCCUUAAGACCAAGACAGAAAUUGAGACACCCAGUAGACCAGAGUAUAAGCCUUGUGUUGAACAGUCAGUAUAUCCGAGCAAUGUUGCAGGCGUGUGCCUGAGCACAGACGUGGACACGCUGCUGUACCACAUGAACAACGCUCGAUACUUGCGGGAGCUGGACUUCGCUCGGGUGGACUUCUACGAGCGCACAGGGCUGUACCGUACCAUCCGGGGCAAGAAGGGGGCAGUAGUCCAGGGCGCCUGCACCAUCCGCUACCGUCGCUUCGUACGCCCCUUCACCUGCUACAAGAUCACCUCUAAGAUCGUGUACUGGGACCACAACUCCAUCUACAUGGAGCACAGGUUCAUCACGCCCAAGGACGAGUUCGUGAGGGCGAUCGCGCUGUGUCGGCAGCGGGUGAUCAACGUGUCGGCAGAGGACGUGAUGCAGGACCUGCUCACCGGCAAGGCGCAGGACCCGGAGCGAGGCCUCGGCAAGCCGGAGUGUCCUCUGGAGGUCCUGCGGUGGAACGAGAGUAACGAGAUCUCCUCCGCCAACCUCCGCAACGGCUGCUGACCGCAGGAGCACUUCCCCGAGAAGGGGGAGGUGUGACGCGCCACUAGGAGAAACGCUUAUUAAAUUAUAAUCACGCGAAUCAAUUCCUACAUCAAACCGUAGCCAAAUAUCCUCCAUUUACCCCGGUGUGGUACUAAAGUACAUCUCGGCCUUCUCGAUCGUGUAACGUAGUAUAUAUUCAGUACGAACUUUACUAAUCCUCGUCUUUUGUGCAUCUUUGUACAGACUAUAUCGCUCUCUUCGUCUUGCGCAUUACCUCGACUAGCUUGUAAGUAACCGGUACAAGAGGUGGUAGAGACAAUACUGCAUAGUGUGUGGAGUUAUGUUCGACCUAAUAAUACAAAGAUCGGUGAACCAAUGUUAUUUUUUCAUAUGUACCGGGUAGUGUCUUUAGAGAUUCUUUCACUAAAGCUCUAACAUUUAAAAUAUGAACAAGUGUUUAGCCUGUUAAACCUUUACAUUAAGUAGUGUGCGUUUACAUUAACAACAUAGCCUAUUCGUUGUGAUGGUAAUCGACAAUUUUGGAAUUACCAACCAAAAAUAUUUGAAAUAACAUAUAAAAUUAAAGCUUGUCAUUGAUGAUGGAAGGUUUGAAAAUAAAAGUAUUUCGGACAUAUGCCUUCGUUAAAUGUUACAAAAUAUAAGACAACGUUUCGGUGAUUGAAAUCUAUCCCCUUCGUCAGGUAAGAAAACAAUUGGCGCAAAAAAUGAUAACCUGCGGCACUGUACUGUCUCUGAAAAAGAAAGAAAAGAGAUUAAAGAUGUCCGAAAAUGCUUGUAUUCCAGAGGAGAAAAUGAACCAUUAUCGCAGGUUCCAACUUUCUAACUCUUACGUGAGGAAGAGGAUGGAUUAAAAUUCUGUGUUUACAUUUUGCAACAUACUACGAAGGCAAAUGUCCGAAAUCCUAUUAUCCUACAAAAUUAGUUUAACCUUUUGAAAACUAUGCACAUUAUUAAUACGACUAUUAAGAGACAAUGUUCUACAACAGAUUCAACCUAGUAAAUGUUUUGAUAAUAAAUAAUUUUACGUGUCUAUGUUAAGGAUACAGUGACUUACUUUUUAUUUUAAGUUACUUACUUAAAAAGCUCAAUUACUAGCUAAUAUCCCGGGUUGGUUUGAAUGACCUAGAAUACUUGGUCACCUAGGUCAUAGAACUAGUCACUUAUUUGAGUUUAAUUGCGGACAAUUAUCGAUCAUGGCACUUGGACAGGUUUCCUACCCCUCUGUGUCGCGCAAUCCACUCACGGUCGGGUCGCUUUUUUAAAUUUCGUGGUCACAGCCCUUUAUGAUGGUAUUGAUAGGUACGUCACCAUCAAGAUGAUGCAACCCAUUAGGAUAACAAAACCAGCUGUAGAGUUUUAUGAAAAUCAAAGUGGGCCUAAAGAGGAAAACAACUAAAUGGAUUGCUCCACUAAAAGAAUACCAAAAAGCGGCAGGUAAAACAGAAAGUGAUUUUUCAAAUAGAACUACGGGAUUUGAACCCGUGAUCUCUCGGUUAGAGAUCCGAGACUACAACUCAACAGGUUGCACACACUCUACAUGGAACCAAGGAAGUCCUGACAUCUAGUAGAAAACGUAGGAACUACUACCGCAUCGUGCUGAAACAGGAACAAUAUAACGGUGUGUUGUAUUAAAUCAGUAUCACGUUUUUACGCAAUCGCUAUAAACACAAUAAUACUUCAAAACCAUUAAGGGGUUAAACGGCUAAGUUGGAUUCGAAAUAAACUAAUCGAAAAUCGUUUAUUAAAAUAAUAACCCAAUGAAAACCCCCCACCGAAUUUAAUGUUUCAUUGUCUGACCAAGCCAGUGGAACAGUUGCUUGACUAAGGUUAUGACAAAGUAUGUCUUCCACCGUUGCAAACCUAUCUGACAAUUGUAUGAUUUUGUGUGGCGUUUCCUGGUCAUUUGUGUAGAAAAUAUUGACACCACCGACUGACUCAAGCUGAAGUGUUUAUUGUCUUUGUGCUGGGAAACUCCUAUUUCUAAUGCAAUAUUAUCUUUAGUGACAUCAGUAUCUAAUAAACAUCGUUUAAUAUCCUGUAUGGCAACAGAAAACGUAAAAUACUAAAUAAUCCAAAUUGAAUGGGAUCGACUACUGGUCAACUUUGUAUCAUUUUGAACAUAACACAAAAUCUUGAACUGACCAGAAAUAAACAUAGAUCUUCUUAGUUAUAUAGGCUAACAUUCUUCACUGAGAAGUACAAAGUUUCUCGAAAAGUGAUACUAUACCGUAUUUAAUUAUUUUGUGGUGUGUAAAACAUUGAUAUCGACCGAUUUUAUUUGUAAUAAUAACACACAAAAUAAUGUAUUCAUAAACAAUGAUAGGUUAUAUAUAUAUAUAUAUAUAUAUAUAUAUAUAUAUAUAUAUAUAUAUAUAUAUAUAUAUAUAUAUAUAUAUAUAUAUUGUCAUUAAAUUAGGACUUCUAGCUAGCACGCAAUAGUUAAGUUACCACUUCGAAAUUAUACUCUCUGUAAGAUUUCUCAUUUUUGUUCUUAAGCGCUAAGGCCAGUGUGAUAGACUGUUGUCAUUAUUAUUAUUGUGUUAACAAUGUUUUCGUAUGGUGAGUUUUGAUCCGGUACACUUAGGAGAUAUAUUUAUAUUAUUUUAAUCACUGUCUGGUUAUUAUUUAAUGUAUUUCAAACAAAGCCAAUUAAAAAAAUAAUACUGGAUUAUACAGUGUUUCAAAAUUUACAUUUGAAAACAAGUAAACCGUUGUAACUACAUAAUAAUGUAUUCUAACUUUCGUUCAUACUGUUAGAUAAAAUAUUUUAUUACUUUAAUUUUGUUAUUGAAGUGACUGCCAAGGCGGAAAGAGAAUGUAACAACUGAUGUAACAAAAAAAUUGUGUACAUAAAUAUUGCACAUCCUUCUAUAUAUUAGUUAAUGUAAAUAUUUCCAGGUGACAUACAGAUAAGGGUUAUUUAAAGAAUAACAAAACAAAUAAAUAUCUUGAAACUUUAAAACUCAUUUCUACAAAAUAUGAUUAAAUAACGAAGCGUAUGAUGUAAAUGAAUCUCAGAAUAAUGUAGACGUUAAUUUAACCGGUUUGAUACCUUUUUUAUUACCUAAAAAUCAUCACAUAACAUCAAUAUAAAAGUAUGUGAUUAUAAAACAUACUGUCUUUAAAGUCCAAAAGCUAAAUCUUUAAACCUGACAGAUAGUUUGUUUCAAUAGUAAAUAAACAUGUAACAAUUAGCGAUCUCAGUUUUGUCAAGUAACAGAUAAAAUAGGUUUAGUAUCAAUAAACAGUAAAACACAGGAAUUUAAAAAGUAUUAUAAGGAUUUUCCCAGUGAGAUGUCCGCUUUAUUCAUUCCUAAAAUACUAGAUUUAUAAUCCACAAAGAAUAUAUUGUAAUACUCUGUAUACUAUUUUACCCAAUAAAAAUAUUACCUUUAGUUCUAGCUUCAGCUGUUGAUGAAGCGUUGAAACUGAAGUCCUUGGUGCGCUGUAAUUUAUAUUUUUCGUGCGAUGCGAUUUAACUAUCUGCUCUUAUACAAUGCGCACUUCAAAACUGCUCUAAAAUGCACCUGAUCUGAGCUACUUCACUCUAUUCCACUUAUAAAUGUCAAGAGUCAUCGAACGUACACCAGUUUUGUUCGCCGCUAAAAUACGAUUGAGUGAAACGGAAUUAUAACCUCAAAAACACUCCGCGGUUGAUUUCUCCUCUAAUACUGUCUCUAGACAAACACCUGAUCUGAGCUACUUCACUCUAUUCCACUUAUAAAUGUCAAGAGUCAUCGAACGUGCACCAGUUUUGUUCGCCGCUAAAACACGAUUGAGUGAAACGGAAUUAUAACCUCAAAAACUAUCCGCGGUUGAUUUUUCCUCUAAUACUGUCUCUAGACAAACACCUGAUCUGAGCUACUUCACUUUAUUCCACUUAUAAAUGUCAAGAGUCAUCAAACGUGCACCAGUUUUGUUCGCCGCUAAAAUACGAUUGAGUGAAACGGAAUUAUAACCUCAAAAACAAUCCGCAGUUGAUUUCUUCUCUAAUACUGUCUCUAGACAAACACCUGAUCUGAGUUACUUCACUCUAUUCCACUUAUAAAUGUCAAGGGCCAUGGAACGUACACCAAUUUUGUUCGCCGCUAAAAUACGAUUGAGUGAAACGGAAUUAUAACCUCAAAAACAAUCCACGGUUGAUUUCUCCUCUAAUACUGUCUCUAGACAAACCACCCUGAUAAUUAUGUGAUCUAGAUUCGUUCCAAGCUUCAAAGAGCAGUGCACAUGAACAAAUACAGUGCUUAUUCUCUGUUAAGGUUAGUAGUUAAUAGUUUUCAAAAAACGAUACGAACUAUUGAACUAUUUGAAACGAUAUUUAAAUUUAUUUAUACAGUUCAAUACGCAAUAAAGAUUUAUUAUUAUUAUUCCUGUAAUGAGUAGCAUUCGUAAUGAUCCACCACGACAAAAUUCUUUGUUGCAGAAUAGAAAAUACUGAUUAUGCACACUAUAGUUGUAGUUUGUUCAAGCAUUAGACUUUGACGAGCCAGUUUAAAAGUUGGAGUAGGCCUACACUGUAGUUCUGGCGAUAAAGUGUUACAAUUGUUGAUGGUUUGUAUAAGUAAGGUUAGGUAGGGUUAGCUGUAAUUGGUGACUAUAGUAGGCCUGCACAAAAAUAGUCAUAUGGUGGCUGUUGCGUUUAUUCCCCCCUCUACACCCCGCGCCCAACGCUGUUGCCAGUUUUACGAGUACUAAUCAGGGAACAGCUGGUGGUCAUCAGCGAUUUGGCAACACCGCAUUAAAUGUCAUUGUACUCCUUUCGUGCGACCUGCUCUAGUUAGUACUCAUAUUUUGCUUUACAAAGGUAAAACAAUUCUUUGUUUCCGUGAGGUAUUUAAGUGAUUGUUUUAUUGUAUAAUUGAAAAUGGACUGUUUCGACAGUCAGUUUUUUAAACGCAAUUUUAAUGUAAAGUAUAGAAAAAGAUGCGUAGGACGUUAAUUGUAUCUUAGACUUUUGAAAUCGUCACAGCAAGCUCUUCCAUUACACACGAACAAAAUCAAAAACCGUAUCAAAAGAUAAAGAACUAAACUAUUUUAUUAACUCGUACACUUACUGUUGAGCCAUUGCGCUGAAGACUGAACUAUGUUUAAGUCAGGCCUAGAAUAAUAAUCGUUAAAUUUUAACUAUACCUAUUUAUUUAUUACUUCAUUGUACAUGUAUGUAAAAAGUGCUCCUAUCUAUACAGAUCUUACAUAAAGAAAUAUUAAACCAUGUUACUCGGGUAUUCUUUAGUUAGUAAGUAGCAUCUUCAGAAUAAAUAAUAAAUUUAAAUGAAUUGAUUUUAUUGAUUUAAACUGAAUACAUCUUCUCUGGCGAUAUAUGUGCUUUCUUUGAAUAAAUAUAACAAAUAUAACUAUGAUGAUCUUGUUAUGGUAUAGUGUAAUAUUAGAAUAAAUCAAAGUUGCACUGAUUUGAGCUUUAAGCACUUCAUAAACGUAUAAAGUGAGAAAUACUUGUAUUGUACUGACGUAAAUUAAUUGUUUGUAUUGUGAUACAAAUAGGUUACUAAGGAAAUGUUGAUAUUGUCAUUUGUUUAUGUUGCAUAAUUACUGUAUGGAAUGAACAAUAACUAAGUCUCAUAGAAAAUAAAACUAAAGAUCUAAAAUACACAAAUAAAUACAAUCUAAUUUUGAUGCGAAAUAUUAAAUUUGUGUAUUUUAAUCUAUAUUAAGACAUUAAUUAAUAUUUCUCUUUCUCAAAUAACUAGAGUGGUUCUAAUAUAUAAAAUGAUUAAUGGUAUUAUAUAAAAUUCUUAAAGAAUACAUCAAAAGUACUUUUAAUUAAGUUACAUUGUUGCAUAGUGGCUAAGAAGACUUCGCUUAGGCAUAUAUUUCGGCUCUUGUCGUGGUACAAAAUUAGAUUUAUUUUCUUGUGACUUUUUUUGUGUUUGUUCCCUUUGGUGAUGUAUUCGAUACUCAAACAAUUUUUUUUCAGUAUUUAAAUUUUCCUACUACUAAUUUUUUCAUCUAAUGAAGAAGACCUUUAUUUAUCGAACUUCUUAAUUGUGUGUUACGUGUUUUUAUUUCAGGUAUUCCUUGAAAUCCCUUCAGAUAAGCUUUUUUAACCACUGAUGGUUAAAAAAAAGCUAUAUAAGUCUUUGUUCAUAGAGAAACGUAACAUUUUAUAAAUCACUUUAUGUAAAAUAUUUAAGUUCAUUCCAUACAAAGCGACGUACUUCCUUACUAAAAUUUUAACCUUAAAGAGGCGGACUAAUAGACUGAAUAUUAUAAUUUGAAAUCAAAAUUGUAUUAAGAACGCUGUUGUAUUUUUAUUGUAAUUAGUCAACCUGAUGUUAGUUUUAGUUAGUUUUAAUAAACACCCCCAGAACAUGUUGGAUGUUUAACUGUAGAUAAAUUUCGAUAAGGUUAUUAUAUUACCUGUUAUUAGUUUUUACCAUUUUACUUUAGUUACAUUUAAGCUUAUAAAAGCAUUAAGGGCACCAUUUCUUUAACUUUGAUUUUGUAUUAUAUUUGUAAAAUGUACUGUAAUGUUAAGUUACCGGUACACUUAUACUUGCUAUAAGAAUAGUUAGUGUUGUAUUUAUGUUAAUGUUAUUCGUAAUAAAAUUUAUGAAUGAA